GGCCUGCCUGAGGCCACCGCACAGCGUCCCCAGCGCAGGGCCCCCGGCCAGGAGCGGCCGGGACGGACCACAGCCCCAGGACAAUGAACAACACCUGCGACUACGUCACCUGGUCCUCCUCGCUCAACUACGUCUUCCUGGCCUACUCGGCCACGCUGCUGGUGCUGGGCCUGCUGCUCAACGGGCUGGCACUCUGGGUGUUCUGCUGCCGGAUGCGGCAGUGGACGGAGACUCGCAUCUACAUGACCAACCUGGCUGUGGCCGACCUCUGUCUGCUCUGCUCCCUGCCCUUCAUGCUGCUCUCCCUGGACCACACGUCGGACACCCCGCUCUGCCAGCUGUCCCAGGCCGUCUACCUGGUCAACAGGUACAUGAGCAUCAGCCUGGUGGUGGCCAUCUCCGUGGACCGCUACGUGGCGGUGAGGCACCCGCUGCGCGCCCGCGGGCUCCGCUCCCCGCGCCGGGCGGCGGCCGUGUGCGCGGGCCUCUGGGUGGCGGUGCUCGGCUCUCUGGUGGCGCGCUGGCGCCUGGGCGUGCAGGAGGGCGGCUUCUGCUUCCGGAACCGCGCCCGCCAGCAGUUCGGCAGCACCGUGAUCUCCUUACUUGGCUUCUACCUGUCGCUGGCCGUGCUGGUCUUCUGCUCCCUGCAGGUGGUGACCGCGCUGGCCCGGAGGCCGCCCGCCGACGUGGGAUGGGCCUCCGGCAAGGCCGCCCGCAUGGUGUGGGCCAACCUGGUGGUGUUCGUGGUCUGCUUCCUGCCCCUGCACGUGGCUCUGACGGCGCAGGCCGCCCUGGGCCCCACCUCCUGUGCGGCCCGGGUGGCCUUCUCCCAGACCUUCUCCAUCACCAGCAAGCUCUCCGACGCCAACUGCUGCCUGGAUGCCAUCUGCUACUACUACAUGGCCAAGGAGUUCCAGGACGCGUCCUCCCUGCCCGUGGCCUCCGGAGGCAAGGCCCACAAGAGCCAGGACUCCCAGAGUAUGACCCUCACCUAGCCUGUGUGCGGCGCGGGCCGGGGCGCCUGCCGCCGGGGAGACUGGCCCCGACCAAAGACUGUGGUGCUCUCCAGCACCCCAACCCAGCCCAGGCCCGGGGGUUGCAUCUGCUCCCUUGGGAAGAGAGUGGAGCCAAGGCCAGAGGACAGAGGCUGAGAGAGCCAAUCCCAAGGACUCAGGACAGGGUGGCGCUCCUGCCAGCCCCAGCAGGUGGGUGGUGGGGGCGGGGGGUCUCUACUGCAGGCUGAGUAAAGCUGUCCACUGAGAGUCGGUCCUGCGGAUCCCCACGUCUCCUGGGCUCUGUGGGGGGGGGUCAGGUGGCUCAGAGGGCCGUGCUCUGCAGGGCUCCCCUAGACUGUCUGUGCAGGAGUGGAGCCGGGCGCGGCGGGGCCCCUCUGCCAGGGCAGAGGAAGGCGCGCAGGGAAUCCGUCCGUCCUGUCAGCUUCCCGUGGUGAUGGUUCUGCUUUCCCGGCCGGUGGCAGGUGGCGUGACAGCCCGACUGCACUCAGCUGCCCUGUUCGUUUUGUGGGGUGAGGGCGGAACCGCUUCACUCGCGCCCUGCAUGGCCGGUGCUGGUCAUAGGCUGCGGAGCCGGGGCCUGGCCUGGCCGCGGCCAGCUUCUGCCCAAAGGCCCCAGCGUAAAUAUUUUGUCUCAUGUGACCCGCCCACUGCUGCUGGAGCACGGGUGUCACGGAUGCAGUCACAGACCACACACACACCGAGAGGCAGCUGGGCCCAGAGGGCUGUUUACAAGACGCCGCGGCACAGGCCCACCCAGCGCACGCCCAGGAUGCUGUCCCCAGACUCCGGGCCUCUCCUUUCAGCUCAUUCACUGACUCUUCUACCUGAGCUGGCCUGGCACGAGCCCACCGUGUCUGCACAGCCCCUGACCCGCGGGGGA